AUGAAGCUUUCCGAAGGUAGUUCUGUUAGAAUUAUUGAGAUACCUACUCUUCCUAGUGAUAGUGUGGGUGUUGACCAGAUACUACAUGAGUUGUCAUCAAAGGGAAAGCGAAAGAGGCGCAACAAGACCAAAGGGGGGAGUGGUACUGCUCCAUCACUAGGAAGAGUCAUGAAUAACAAUCUACUGGCUCUGGUGACUAUGGAGGAGAUAAAGUGUGUUGUUGACCAGUUGGGUGCUUUAAAGGCUCCGGGGCCGAAUGUCUUCCCCAUAUUAUUUUACCAGAAGUAUUGGAAUAUAGUCGACAAAGUAGUUUUCAAAUCCAGUAAGGAGUUCUUGAAUGGUCGUGUGGAGAUAUAUACCAUGGAUAUGACGAAUAUUGUUCUUAUUCCAAAGGUGGAUAGCCCGGAGUCAACAAUAAACUUUCGGCCUAUUAGUCUAUGCAACAACUCUUACAAGAUACUCUCCAAAUUUCUUGAUAAUAGGCUCAGGGAAGUUUUGCCGGCCCUUAUUUCCCCUAACCAAAAUGCCUUUGUUCCGGAUAGGCAAAUACAAGACAACCUCUUACUAGCUCACGAGUCCUACCACUAUUUGAAGUCUAAGAUGGAGGGUGGCAAGCAUGAGUUAGGUUUAAAACUCGACAUGAACAAGGUUUACGACCUGGUGGAAUGGGAUUUCUUGGAGGGAGUUCUUCUUCGAUUUGGUUUUGCUAGUGAGUGGGUGAAAAUUAUCAUGUCUUGUGUCACUACUGUCUCCUUUUCUAUUGUGCUAAAUGGUAGACUGGGGAAAACUUUUCAACCUAGUCGUGGAUUUACUUUCUCCAGCCACCCUAAAAAUAUCAUGCAGUUGACCCUCUUGUUUAAGGAAUAUGGUCUUGCUUCUAGCCAAGUAAUCAAUGGUGCGAAAUCUAGUGUUUAUUUCACUCCUAAUACUCCUGAGCAAAUGGCCUUACUCUUUUGUGAAUUAAUUGGGUUUAUGGAGGUUAAGAACCCUGGCACAUAUCUUGGUCUUCCUACUAUCUGGGACAGGUCAAAGAAGGAGGCUCCUAGUUUUAUCAAUGACAAGGUCAAACGCAAGAUAAAAGGUUGGAAGGAAAAAUCUUUGUCACUGGCUUGCAAAGAGUGUCGGAGGCUACAAUCUGAACCUAAUUCCUUAUGGGCUAGAGUGAUGAAGGCACGCUAUUUCUCGAAAUGUGGCUUCAUGCAAGCUGUAAAAGACCACAGACCUUCCUGGAGCUGGACUAGCCUUCUCAAGGCUAGAGAUGAGUUAUUACUGGAUAGUAAAUGGCUUAUAGGUGGUGGUGAAUCAGUUAACUUUUGGUAUGACCAAUGGCUAUCGUUGCCAGGAAAUGGUCAGGUCAAGGCAUUACCUAUUAUAAGAGAUCCUCCUAACACCUAUGUCCACUCUCUCAUUGAUUGGGGUAAUAGGGCGUGGAAUCUAUCCUAUGUUGCAAACUUACUCCAUCUGUCCAUGAUCCCUGCGAUUACUAGCACUCCUUUGGGCAAUAAAGGUGAAAAAGACAAGCUAGUUUGGCCUCACUGCAAGGAUGGAUCAUACAACGUAAAAGAUGGAUGUAAUUUCGUGUACAAGGGAGCUCCUCCCUCAGCUCACUUUGUCAUAAAGUAUGCAUCCAACCAAGCUUCUAAGUACUUAGGAGCUCAAAUUCUUCCGGUGAUUGUAUAUGUUUCCUCCUCGAUCAUUCCUAAUGUGAACUGGUAUGCACCUCCCAUCUCUCUGUUUAAGGUGAAUUGUGAUGCUGCUUGGAAGCAGCCAAACUUGGCGGGACUGGGUGUUGUAAUCAAAAACCAUAACGGGGAGAGUGUUGCUGGUCUCUCUAAGCAAAUGCAUGUAGGGAAUGUGGAUACGGCCGAGAACUUGGCUUGUUCUUUGGGUUUGAAGGAGGUGAUAUUGGAAUCAGAUUCUUUGCAUGCAAUCAAGGAUUUGAAGAGAUAUAAAUGCAUAAACAGGAAGACUUACCACAUUAUUAGUCAGAUUCGGGCUAAAUUGAUCGGCUUCGAUUCCUUCUCCUGGAAUUGGGUCCCCAUAAAAGCAAAUAGAGCAGCUCAUAUUGCUGCCAAGCUUAGCUACCGGAGUGAGGGUCCUCAUAACUAG